AUGGACAACAACACGACGUCGCAGUACGACUCGGCCUCAGACUCUGACAGCAAAGAGAAGACCCAACGUCACCCGACUUCGUCCGAGAUAUUCUUUACUCCAGAGGAGCGCCAGUUCCGAAGGCACUACAGGAUGGUCAAGUCAGAGUUCUGUCUCAAGGAACUAAUCAAGCAUUACAACAAGCUGGUCCUGAAAAGCAAACCGCCUGAGGAGGUUGUGGAGACAGAAUCGAAUGCUUCACUCGAUUUCUCUUUCAUGGAUUUCCCGAUCCUGGAAGAUCCCACCGAGGAUCUGAGACACGCAUUCCUGGCCAAGAAGUACAAGUACCUGCUGGAUGGCAUCGCUUACCUGAUCCAUUGUCCAGAGAAGCCUUACCUGCUGAUCC